AUGGGAAGAGCUCCAUGCUGUGAUAAAUCAAAAGUGAAAAGAGGAUCAUGGUCUCAAGAAGAAGAUGCUAUUCUCAAAAACUACCUUCACAAACAUGGCACAGCUGGUAAUUGGAUAGCACUUCCUCAAAAAGCAGGGCUAAAGCGUUGUGGGAAAAGUUGUCGUUUAAGAUGGUUGAACUAUUUGAGGCCUAAUAUCAAGCUUGGAGGUUUCACUGAGGAGGAAGAUAAUAUCAUCUUCAACCUUUAUAGCACCAUAGGAAGCAGGUGGUCCCUUAUAGCAGCUCAACUAGCAGGAAGAACAGAUAAUGAUGUGAAGAAUCAUUGGAACACUAAACUCAAGAAAAGGUUUUUGGCACAAAACUCAUCCACAAGCAACAAUAAUAUAUACAAUUUCAGCAAUACUACUACUACUAGUUCUGACCACUUCUCAAGUACUUUGACUUUUCAACCUCAAGUUGAACAACCCUUUGUCUUUGAUCAAAACAUGAACACAUCUUGUUUUGAUUCAUACAAUGUUAUGGAUUUGGAUCAAACACCAAUUGGUAUUCCUUUACCAAUGACAAUGAAAUCAGAAGCUGUGUAUGCUGGAAGUAGCUUGAGUAGUAGCUCUAGUACUACACCAACCACCAUGGAAAUUUCAAGUUUUUCAAAUGCACCUUUCUUAGAAGAUAAGAACAAUCAUAGUCAAUGGUUUGGGAAUGACCAUGAUGAUGCAAUUCUCCUUGAGUUUGUUCUUGAUGAUUUUUUAAACCAUGGACCCUCAUUUGGCUAA